CCCCCACGUCUGCGCGUACAAGUCAGGGGUAGUCAUAUGAUGCGCUUUCAGCACUGAGUGCAAGGAAAAAGUAAGCACUCGUAGAAACAGUAACUCGUUCACCACCGUCACGGGACAAGUGUAGCCCAUUGUUGCUUGGCUGGUGUGUUGGUCCCUGCUGCAGCAGACUUCAGAAAAGUUUUGUUCUGUUCACUGAAAGAAAGAAGGGCCUACUGUGUGCUACCCGACCGCGCCAAUCAAUCUUUCCGUCGUUUUCCAUCCAUCAAGGAAGAACCGCAGCUACGAUGCCUGGAUACAUGUUCAACAUUGACGGCGGCUAUUUGGAGGGGCUUUGCCGCGGGUUCAAGUGCGGCAUCCUAAAGCAGGCCGACUACCUUAACCUGGUGCAGUGCGAAACACUCGAAGAUCUAAAGCUGCAUCUGCAGGGCACGGAUUAUGGCCAGUUUCUGGCGAACGAACCGUCGCCGCUGGCCGUGUCCGUGAUUGACGACAAGUUGCGCGAGAAGCUGGUCAUUGAGUUCCAGCACAUGCGCAACCAUGCCGUCGAGCCGCUGUCCACUUUCCUUGACUACAUCACCUACAGCUACAUGAUCGACAACAUCAUCCUGCUCAUCACGGGCACACUGCACCAACGGCCGAUCUCCGAGCUCAUCCCCAAGUGUCACCCGCUCGGCAGCUUCGAGCAGAUGGAGGCCAUCCACGUUGCCGCGACCCCGGCCGAGCUGUACAACGCGGUGCUGGUCGAUACGCCGCUGGCGCCCUUCUUCGUCGAUUGCAUUUCCGAGCAGGAUCUGGACGAGAUGAACAUCGAGAUCAUUCGUAACACGCUGUACAAGGCGUACUUGGAGGCAUUCUACGAUUUCUGCAAGAAGAUCGGUGGCACCACCGCCGACGUGAUGUGCGAGAUCCUUGCCUUUGAGGCCGACCGUCGGGCGAUCAUCAUCACGAUCAAUUCGUUCGGCACGGAGCUGUCCAAGGACGAUCGGGCUAAGCUGUACCCGCGCUGCGGCCGCAUGAACCCGGACGGACUGGCUGCACUAGCACGCGCCGAUGAUUACGAGCAGGUAAAGGCUGUCGCCGAAUACUACGCCGAGUAUGCCGCCUUAUUUGAUGGAUCCGGCAACAAUCCGGGCGACAAGACUCUCGAGGACAAAUUUUACGAGCACGAGGUCAAGCUGAACAUGUACGGCUUCAUGCAGCAGUUCCAUUUCGGCGUCUUCUACUCCUACCUCAAGCUGAAGGAGCAGGAGUGCCGCAAUAUCGUCUGGAUCGCCGAGUGCGUCGCUCAGAAGCACCGGGCCAAGAUUGACAAUUACAUUCCAAUCUUUUAAAUUCCCCUGUGCUUGCCCAAUCCUGCCCCUCCCUAGGUCGCCGCCGGAUCGGCACUCGCCUAGCGAUAUAAUCCUUUCUCCCUUCCAUUGUUCCUGCAAUGUCCUUUUUGGUCGUCAUAAUACCGCGACUCCCUGCCCGAAACAAGGGCUCACCCCGCCCACCAAUCUGUUUCGUUAGAACCUGUUUCGUUGUUGAUUAUUGUACUGUAUAGCUUCAAUUGCGCCGGAAUUCCAACGGCUACGUAACAUAUUUGUACACACAUCUAUCUCUCGUCAUAUCCCCCACCCCUUCCCCGUGCGACUUGGCAGACGUGGCAAGCAAUAGGGAGAUGUGUUUUAAACUUUCCUUGUUUUGUUUCGAUAGACCCUUCGUUGACGAUUGUAUCGUAUAGCUUCAAAUGCGCCGGAACGGCCACGGCCACUAAACAAUAUCUAUAUUUUCAUUACCUGCACACACACAUGCACACGCACAACACCUGUAUCUGGCAGGUAUUAAUUGUACAGAAUUCCGAGCUUCGCCAGGGUUUGAUAAAGGAGUUGCCCGGUUCUGGCGACCCAUUCUAGUUGUUGUGCUGCACCACGUUCUAAAGAGCAGAGAAGGUGUGCAUGUAUUUUGGAUGCUGGUGGCAUUGAAUGUAACAAAUAAUAAAUCAUACUGUAGUUAUCCCCAAAUAACACGAUCCAGGC